UUCAAUUUGAGAUAUACUUUCAGAAUUUCUCCACUCUUCUUUGUUGUCUGGUUCACCUUUCCAGGGUGGUCAGCCGAGUCGCGAUUGCAAAAUGUUUUGGAAAACAUCGGGGAAACGAAUUUAAACCCUCUUUAUAGCGUGAAAGCUGAUUUACAUGCAACAGAAUGUGGAAUAUGAAGGGAACACGAACGGAAAUCAUCUUUACUGUAUGGUUUGUGUUUGUCACAAAAUUAAACGCUAGUCAAGGUAAUUUGGAGGGACAUCUUAAGCCAAUAUUCUCACACGGCAAGAGGGUCGAGGUAGAAGUUUAUGAUGGAUUUCCAACUGCGGAAGAAUUCUACAGAAGAUUUGUUGACGUUCCAAAACCUGUUCUUCUCCGAGGCGCAGCGAGACUUUUUCCAGCUUUUUCAUUAUGGAAUGACGAGUAUUUUCUUUCCUUUACCGAGGGUGAGGAAGUUUUAGUAACGGUGGAAGUUGAUAAAAAAGAGAAUCGUUUAGCUCCUGGGGAAGAUAUACCGUUUGCAGACUUUGUACGCGAUAUACACUCUUCAGGGAAGUAUAUGAUAAGUUCAGUUCCUGAAUUUCUAAGGAAGGAUAUUCUUUUGCCAUUUCCAAUAGCUUGUCAUGACAUUACACAAGGAAACCUUGUUCAAGAAAUAUUGUGGUUCAGCAGUGGAGGCACCAAGUCUGUCCUUCACAAUGAUCAUGCAGAAAAUAUCAUGUGUGUGUUUCAGGGAACCAAAGAAUUUUUCUUGAUAGAUAGUGCAUAUCAGGAGCAGGUAUAAAGUUGUUUUAUGUUAAGGUUAGGCCUUGUAAAUAUUGAGUUUCCUGUGCACUAGGCCCGGUCUAUGCCAAGGUUCUGCCAUUCAACACUAGGCCAAACUUUGGCACACGUGUGCUUUUAUUCCUUGUUAAUUUUGCUUGUGUUCUUUGGAUAAGGAUCGUUUAAGCAGACACACAUUGGAGGAAUAGAACCUUAACUAAUCAUAUUGUAUAUUGUAGCAAUUUUUAAGGUUAUGAACAAGGAUACUUGCUUGUUUGUAAAGAUUUUUCAUAUAACAGUGUGUUGAAUGUAGUUUAUUACAUCCAUUUUGAAAUCAAUGGUGGUCCCUGUAAUCUGAUUGGCUCCAAU